AAUGCGGAAGCGAAUUUUUGUUAGUACGUAGCAACCUCCUUGGCAACAAAGUCGAAGUCAAACAAAAGCGGUUCGAUAAUGAAUUAGUACUUUAUUCCGCCAUGGCCGCCGCUACACAGUCCAACGUGAAACGGAUCGACGUUCUUGCCAGACCGAAACAGCUUCCACCUACUUUCCGCGAAGACCGACGUUCAGUAUAUUGGCUUGACAGACAUGCAAGUAACAGCUGCAAUUCAUUAACAUUAACCCCAAGGCAGCAGUUCUUGGCCAAUUCUAAACAUGUUGAUAACGGAUGGCAAGGAGACAGGCCAACUCCAAUUUGGCCUGUAAGUAGAUCUGCACAGAAAGCGUCAGCAUCUGAAAGAGUUGAAACACUGGCCAGCCCUAAACAAAAGCAUCCAGAUUAUAAACCAGAGAGGGCGGUAGAAACCAGAGUGAGCGAUUCAGCAAAAAGUGCACAAGCAUCUGGGAGAUUACAAAAAUUAGCAGAACCCAAAGUGUAUGCAGAAUUGAAAAUACGAGCCAGUCGUGAAUGGGACUAUGUUGAGUGGGACCCAGAAAUAAGCAGCAGUGCGAAAAAUGCCCGAUGUAGUGAGCGAGUGGAACAGCUCGCUGAGCCGAAGAAUGCACAUUUGUCGUACCAGCCAGAGAAGUACGUACAGUGGCCAGUCUCAGAGAAUGCAAUGAAGGCAUUGGCAACAUUACGACUCCAGCAGCUAGCUCGUCCUAAAAGUCGUGGAAAGGUUGACAACUAUGAUCCCUACAAGGUUACGCCCUCGGCCAGAAGCGCAAGAGCGACUCCAAGAAUUGCCGAAUUAGCAAACCCAAUUCCAAGGAAAAUAAGAACAAAGAAAAUUGUAACAGGUCCGGCAGCAACAUAAUACGUAUAUGACAGCUUAUACUGGAAUACACAGAGGGGUUAAUGGCUAAACAUAACUAAACUACAGAGGACUUUAUCUUUGUUGUGAUAACUCACAAAUUAACUGCCAAAGUUCAAUAAACAAGUCUGUAACGUAUAUUUUCAUCCAGUGAACAUAUUUAUGCCAUUACCGCUGUUUGUGUAUUUGCAAUAUUGUUUUUUGAGUGAGCAGCGAUGUGAAGUGUUAAUUUUUGUUUGUUUUUAUGUCAAAUUAACAAAACCAGCAUUUACCAUUAAAGAUUUUGGCACCUAAUUUAAUAAUUCAACAGGUGCCAGAAACUUUUGCUGUAAGCUGAAUAGAUAUUCCGUCCAAGGAACGUUCCACCAAAUUAAUUAUAACCUUAAAACAAUGAAAUAAGUUUGCUUAUCGAUAUUACUUUCUCAAAUAAUUACACACAAAUAUUUGGUAAGCUAAAAUGUUAAUCACUAUCUCUGCAAAGACUAAUUUAUCAAAUUAAAACUUAAUCACAUCUGCAUUGCACCUGUCUAUAAAGCAAGAUGUUAUAACAUUCUUCGUCAUCCAGAAUUUGAAUAUGCAUCAAAAUAUGCAGGAAGUAACUACCUAGGUCAGAUUUUGAAAAUUUAAAUGUUCUCCAUUAGUUGGAAAUACUUCCAUUUAUAUUGCUUCAAAAUAUCAAAUAUCCGUCCAAAACAAACUUAUAUUGCUUUGAAACUUGAUGAAUGAAUAUGUUUACAAUUACAAUUAUUAAUACUAAAUAAAAAUCAGUUGUAAUAGAUUACCUUUAUAGUACAUAGUAACACACUGGUAUUAUUCAGUCUUUUGAAAUACUAAAAUUUACUUCUUUCGGUGCCAAAAUGUUAACCGUAUUAGCCAAAUACAGGUUGAAAACAAGCCAAAUUACUCAAUCAGUAACAUACAUUUUAAGGGUCAAGGAUCAUGUGAUUUAGUUUUGAAAUAAAAAAAAUAUUUCAUUUUGGUGCAUAGUUGAGAAGGUGUUUCAAUAAAUUUAUUUACAGUAGAUAAUAUAAUAGCCAACAGUUUUAUUUGUGUGUACAUUUACCAAUUGAAAGUGUUUUUUAUUUACUGGUAUUAAAACUAAUAUUACUAUGCCAAAAUUAGCUUUGUGACCCUUGGUGUCAACUUGACAAACUUGAAUCUGUUUCUGCAAGAUUUCCGUCCAUAUAUGUCAAAUGACGCUUUGAGGGUCGUAAUCUUUAAAUAGAAUUGUAUAAACUGAGCAAAAAACAAAAAUAUGAAAGAUAAGCUUUUUAUGUUGUUUUGUUCAAGUUGCCACUAAUGCACCGAUAGAUUUUACACUGCCCAUCAUAAUUGCAACACAUCAUACAUUGCUGAAAAAAAUCAAAAUUACCGGAAUUAUAAUAGAAAAACUAAUAGCCAGGGUUCUUGACAAACUCUGCAAUUUGGUAGUUCUAUACCCCAAACCUCACUUUGAUAUUACAAUAAAGAGCGCCCUCUAAUAAUAAUAAUAAUAUUUAAAUAUUUAAAACGGCAACAAAAUAGAAGAAGAAACGAAAAAAACAUACAUAUCUGAAACUGAAUAAAAAUAAAGUAAAAUUGACAAUAGAUCUCAUGGUGAAUUUAUACUACUUUCAUUUCUGUGUUUACAAAGAUGUUUAAGAAAUGUUCGUACCUCUUUAAAAACAAUGUCCCCAACUCACAAUUCAUAUUCCAUGGAAUGUCACCAAAAAGCAAAUUAAUCCCCCCUGAAAGAAGGCAAUUCGUUAGUGUUUGGCCGUCAUCGAUAUUUGAGACUAUUUUGAUCAAAUCAAAGUAAAAUUUAUUUCUUAAGUGGAAUGUUGCAUUGCACAGAAAUAGGAAAUGAUAUACAUCUAUACUACAACCUAAGUGAAAUUCGCUAAAUUAAAUCCAUAGAACUCAAGUUUGUAAACUUUAAAAGCGGAUGAAAUCACUCAAAACAAAAUAGUGAAAAUAAAUGGUUUUACAAUAUAUUAAUCCACUUUCCACAAACCUUCAUAUUCUUUCCAGACAUUAUAUCAGGCAUUUUUGUCAUCACAUGCAAAAAAAAUAGACAUGCAUAAAUUGCAGAUAGUUACUUCAUAGUUCCCGCCAAAUUAUCAUUUCAAAAUUUAUGAAUAAUUUGUAUUUCAAUUUUGAAAACAUAAAAGAUUG